AUGGAGAUUGUUGUGAUUGUGGAUAUAUCGUUAAGAUUAAUAUUUUAUUAAUUAAUAAUAUUUAUUAAUUCUACAUUGAUUGUCAAAAAGAGGUCCUUUUGCAAUAGACAUCGUAAUCACAAAUAAAAACACCAAUUCUUGAAUAAUUAUUUUGGAGGUACAAAAUUAUUUAAUCUACAUAGAAAAUUUUGUAGAGAUUUAAAUAUUUUGUAAUGGUGUCAUUUGCACUGUUGUUUGAAAAGACCUAAAAUUGCUGCUAAUAACAGUAAAAUGAUGUCUUAGUUUUAGGACGCCUUUUAAAAUUUGAAAAUCGAAAAUUCUGUAAAUAUUAUGAAUGAGAAUAUGCCCGAGUUCUUCUGACAUCAAAAAGCACUAAAAAAAAGAGAAAACUUGUAUAACUUAUAUUCAAAGUCCUUAAAUUUGCAACUUAAAUGUCAAGCAAAUUGUAUUUUUUCAGGAUUUUUGAUGAUGAAACAAAUUAAAUAUACGAGUUAUUUUAUUAGUUGCAUGUUGAUUAGAAUUUCAAACCUAAUUUAUGCAAUGAUUUCUUGAUCCACUAUAAUCACUUGUAAAAUAUAGUGAUUUGUGAUAGAAACUUUAUAACUUUACUGUCAUUAUUUUUGACCCUCAAGAAGCUUAUAUCGAUUUAUUAAAGACUAGUAACCUAACCCCAGAGAAAUUUAGAUAAGUUGGGCCGAGCCUGUUAUAAAGCACUUUAAAUAAUGGAAUUUCAUAAUUCUAUAAGGGCUAAGUGAAAUUCUAUAACGAGAAAAGGAAACUAAAAGCAGUAUCACUCGAACAAGUCGAUGUAGCUUAUAUUUAACUUUAUGACUUUUUUAUUUGGCUCUCUGGGAAUAUAUGAUAUUUUCUCCAGUUAUAAAGAAAUUGCAAAAUUCUUCGAUUAUAAAUCAGAUCCUGAAUUUCUUAUAUGUAGAAUAGCUUAAACUGAUUAUGAUCUGAUUUGA